AAGGCCAUAUCCUAUUUGAAGACACUCAACACUGUUUUGCCAUAUUCAAAGGACACAGCCCAGGAGAUUUAUUGUACACUCUUAACUCUCAUCUGGGUUCUUCACUGCCAUGCCCUGCUGUAGCUGUCUGCAGUGACUACAGCCCUGCUUACAGCUCAGAGAGUGUGUGCCUGAGCCUGUCUGCCUGCAGAAAUGCAAGGGUGUGGAUAGACUUUCCUGAAGUCAAUUCUGGGCUCUACUGUGGAGACUGCAUGGCUUCAGGUGAAGCAGAAGAAGGCGAUGGAGGGAUUCCACUGGACAUCGACAACGUGCACAUGCUCCUCCAAGUGGAGCAUGAACAGAUUCAAAAAAGGACAUUCACCAACUGGAUAAAUGCUCAGCUUGCUAAGGGAAGCCCGCCCUCAUUUGUGUCAGACCUAUUUUCUGAUCUCAGAGAUGGGUCAAAGCUGCUCGACCUGCUGGAGGUGAUGAGUGGCCAGAUGAUGAAAAGACAAAAAGGUCGUGGGGUUUUCCAGCAGAGGGCCAAUAUUGAGACUGCAUUAAAAUUUCUCAAGAAAAAAAAUGUCAAACUGGUGAACAUUAACAUCCCAGAUAUCAUAGAUGGGCGGCCAUCCAUCAUCCUAGGCCUUGUAUGGACCGUCAUACUCCACUGUCAUAUUGAGGAGCUGGCCAGUGCGCUCUCCUUCAGCUCGCGUCAUUCCUCCCUCGACUCUCUCUCCAGCCUGGACUCUUGGUCCAGCAGCCCUGUUCCAGCUAGUCCAGUCCCCGCAGGUCGGACAUCGCCGCUCCACAGACGUUUCCGUGUAUCUGCCAAGAAGGCCCUGCUCAUGUGGGUCAGGGACCAAUGCAAAAAAGUUCAUUGCUCUGUUAAUGUGAAGGACUUUAAGUCAAGCUGGAGAAGUGGAGAGGUCUUCCUGGCCAUCCUGUCUUCUCUCAGGCCUCAGUUGGUUGAUCUCUCACUGGUCCAAUCCAGAAGCAACCAGGAGAACCUGGAAGAAGCAUUUCACCUUGCUGAGCAAGAGCUGCAUAUACCCCGCCUGCUGGAACCUCAGGAUGUUGAUGUUAGCAGUCCUGAUGAAAAGUCUAUCAUGACCUAUGUUGCCCAGUUUCUGCAAUACUCCAGUGACAUGCCAGCACCUGAUGACCACCUCCAGCUGUUUCCUUUGGCCCAGCCCUCCUUUUGCUCACCUGAGACUCUGCCUGCACACUUUACUCCAGCAAUUGCUGUCUCACCAGUACACGAGGUUUCUCCAAGUGAACGAGCACAGCAAGUGACACGCUGGCUGGAACAAGCCUAUCAGGAACUGUCAGAUUCAUGGAAGGCUGCAGAGAACUCAAGUUAUGCUGAAAAAUAUCAGGUGCUUCAGAGCCUCGCUGGCUCCUUCACUGAGCAACGGAGACCAGUGAUGACCCUCCUGGCUGCCCUAAGACGCCGCCCUGAGCUGAGUCAGCAGCAGUGUUUUCUUAGGACAGCGUGGGAUCAACUGGAGGAAGAGCUGCAGAGGUGUAAAGCAGACUUGGACCUGAGUCUUCCUCCUCCUCUGGACUCUGUUGUUGCAUGGCUGCAGCGUGCAGAGGCAGGGCUUGCAGACGACGCAGGGAAAGUGAAAGACCAUUCAGAUGCCGCUAAAGAAGCAAGAGCUCAGCAGGAUAGCCUAAAGAAUAUAAAUAAAGAAAUGGGCCAUUAUGUCAAUAUUCUUGAGACUUAUCAAAACAUGGACGACUCAGGGAACAUAGUGGUCCCCCUUGAAAAGUUUGAUGAGAUAAGAAAACGUUUAACCAGCAUUCGGGUCUCAACCAAGUAUCGAGGGAUCAAGUUGGAAUACCAAGAGUCCCGCCACAGCAUCCUGGACCUCCUGAGCAAGAUCGGUGCCAAGGUCCAGUCCUGGAAAGCACCCUACAGGUCUCAGGAGACCAUAUAUGUUCUUCUGCAGGACUGGCAUGAAACAAUUGAGCAUCAAGACCUGCUUUUCACUCUGACAAGCGCUCUGCACACCCUGAAGGAGAAGGCGAAUGUUUAUACCAGCAAAGCAGCGCUAAGUGAAAAUUUCCAGCUUGUUACUCGUCAGGUGAAGGAAGCAGAGAGUGAAGUUGAAAUGGUCAAACAGGCUGUGACUGCUACUAGGGGUACCAUGGAGAGAGUUUUGUGUGCAUGGGAGACGUACAACAAAAACCUUGCUUCUCUACAGGCGUGGCUGGAGCAGGAGAAACGAAUUCAGUCCCCAGCUGCAUCACAGGAUAUUAGUGAGUGGACUUCACGUCAAGCUCACUUAAAUGAGGCAGGGAACUAUCUCAUAGAAGUGACGGAAACGUCAAUCAGUCUCAGUCUGGUCGAACAGUUGAGGAAAGUCAACAUUCAGUGGGCUGAAUACAUGAAGAAGGCUAUGUUUGAGGUAUCAUCAGAGCCCUGUACUGGUGCAUCAUGUCCUCAAAUGGUGCAUUCAGUGACCCAGGAGGCCAGCCUGCUCCUCAGACAGCCCCUUGAGGUGGCCUCAGUGCCACUAAAGGCUAUCAGACAGAAAUUACAGUUACUGAGUAAAAAGAUGGCAGAAGUGAACGUGUCAUCUCUUAGCUCUUCUCCCGACUUUCAAACAAGCUACAUUGAAAAAAUCCAGAAAACUCUCCCACAGAUGGUUGUUGAAGCAGAGGGGGCCUGUGGGGAGCUGCAGCAGGCUGCAUCCAGGCUGGAAGGUGGUCUGGCUGAGCUGGAUCGUUGGAGCACUGAUGCGAUGGACUGUUACAAUCACCUAAAGGAAAAAAGUCACAGAGGACACCCUACAAUGGAGCCUACAGCAAAAGGGCUAAUCUCUCGAGGCUUCCAGCUGGCAAACCAGGUUAAAACUGAGGAACAGGAUCUUCAGGGCCUUGUUGCAAUACUACAGAAAACCUCUCCUCUGCAGCACCUCAGCACCUCUAGCUUGAAGGACAGGGUCACAGAAGCAGUCUCCCACUGCCAGGACAUUCUGGGGAUGUUUAGUUCUCUUGGGUAUAAGCAGGAAGUUGGUGAAUUUCCUAAGAAUCAACCAGCCGUUGAAACAAUCUUUCAGACAAAGAAACAGCCAGAGAUUGGGUUAUUAGUUGUGGCCAGAAGCAAACAUGUAGAGAACAUUGGGAACAUCAUGCUCCAAUCUCAGCACUCAAAUCAGCUUUCAGCUUCCACUCCUCAACAAAGGACAAGAGAUCUCCAGGGAAAAUUACAUGAUGAAAAAGAUAUUAUUACACCCAAAAUAGUCACCAGUUACCCACCUGUAACACAUAUUCAAUCUCCUUUUCUUCAAUCUGCAAAAGAAGCUGAAUCUGAGCUUUUGAUCCAGCCCCAGUCAUUUUCUAAAUCACAUGCCCUAGCUUCAAGUUUCAGUGAAAAUGAUCAGCCACUACCUGCUACGACUCAAACUCCUAUCAAGGGAAAGUGUUCAGAGGGUCCAGUUCCUGCUAAAUAUGGAGGAAGUUCACCUUUACAGUUUCAAACCAAGCACAAGAACACAGGACCUAGCUCUCUACAGAGCAGUAAACCUCCACAGCCACCAGUUAUGGUCCACAGUGAAGUCCAUUCAAGAGCCCAGUCAAUGGCGAGGAGCAGGCUGGAGAAGGCCCGGUUUCGUCUGCAAGGACGCAUCCAGCAAGCGAUGAAGUUAUUUGGUGGCAAAGAGAUUUCGGAGUCGGAAGCCAAGAAGAAACAGAAAGCUUUAAAAAUUCUGCAGCCUGCCAUGCUCGAAGAGUUCCUUUGUGCGGUGGAGGGUUUUGGGGCUUUCUGCUCUGGAUCCCAGCUCCAGGACUUGAUGCUCCUCUCUGACUCAGUGAGAAAUCAGUGGGAGGAUGUACGCAGAGAAAUGGCUGCCUUUAUUCCGAUCUUGUGGUCAAAGAUCAGAGAAAGGAAGCAGUCAUUUUCUGUCGUGCAGUGUGAAAUGCAUGCUAACACUGUCCAUGAAUCUACUGAGCAGACUGACGAUGAUUCCUUGCAGCAGCAGCAGGCUGUCACUGAGGGAGCCGCAUCUAUUGAGGAACGUGUUGAAUCCCUCAGAGAGCUGUGCGAAACACUGACGCCAAAGAAAUCCUCCUGCCUCGCUACAGAGCAGCUGAGCGAAUCAGAUGAAGUAGAGGAAACACAACCCAGUGAUGCUGCAGUCCCAGCUAACAGCAGGGGACGGCAGCCUGGGGGAGACGCCCCACUGAGCGCGACUGACGUGUCGGCCAACACACAGCCGAGCAACAGUCUCCCACAGAAACAAAGCGAUGACAGCCCACAUGAAGACCUCUCGCCCGUUUCUCAUGUUGUGUCAGUGCAGCCUCAUGGUGAUAUCCUCAAACUGAAAGUUCAGGAAGUCCCAACAGAGAGUGAGGUCCACCUGACAAAAAACAGAGACGGCAGGUCAGAACAAAAUCCAAAGCCUUCACUUCGAGCCAAAGAGCAGCUGCUGAAAGCCCGUCUACUGCACUACGCAGAGAGCAGUCAGCAAAUCCAAACUCAUACACAGGCAGUUGUUAGGAGCAACACAGUGGAGACCAAGCAGGAAGCACAGUGGACCAUCAUCCCAGAGCCAGCUGCUCCAUCUCAAGAAGAACAUCCCUCUGAACAGGAAGUGCAGGAGAGUUAUAGAAAGCUCUGCUCAGCAUUUAAAUCUCAGGUUCAGGAGAACAAGCUACUUUUGGAGUCAUUUAUCCCAGAUCCAGUCUCUAUCCUUGCCCUGCAGAAUCAAAAGAAGCAUCUACAGACCUUGAAACAAGAGACAGAAGCACUUUGGUUUGAUGUUGAGCUCCAGUAUGCCCGGUUUUCCCAGUUUUCCCAGCCGAUGACCAGGGAGGAGGGUUGGAGUGAAGUGGAACGAGAGCAGGGACAGCUGACUCAGCAGUGGAGAGAACAACAAGUCUGCCUACAGACCAGGAUGGCAUCUCUGGAGAACAUUGCUGACCUGAUGAAGUCUGCAGAUGACCAGAAGACACUGAUCACACAACAACUGAACCAGAUCAUUGGACAGCCUGUGGAUAUCUCUUCUCUGACUUUGGCUGAUUCAACAAUAUUACAUGAUUUAAAGGAGAUGGACAACAGGCUGCAGGCUGGAAUGAGGAUGCUAACAGAAAAAAGCACGAAAGAGGAAAGUCAGGGGCCAGAAGCCACAUCCUCCUCAUCCCUCUGCAGGGGCCUCCACAAUAGCAUCCAUCAUUUCAAGCAGCUCAGACAGCAACUGGAGAAAGUUCAGUCAGCUGUUUGUGCUCUGGAUCGCUUCCUGACCACAGUGAGAGAAGUCAAGGCUGAGAUCCAAACUGUGCUGGCAAACCAAGACCCGAGCAAGCAGAAACACGAGGCAGAUUGGGAGCAGGAGAAACAUUCUUUUGAUGCAACAAUGCAGAGGUUGCAGGCUGCUACUGAGCAAUCUGAUUCUGUGGACAGUAGUUUAAAGGCAGUGGGGAUUAGUCUGACCAUGGAUGGUGCGCCUGCGACAUGUCAGGAUGUGGUGAAAUGCAUCACAGUAAAUGUUGUGGAGAUGGAAAAACGGGGAGCAAAAGAUAGAAUUCUCCUAGAAAAACGGAACAUACAGGACGAUGAGAAAUCUAAAACUGUGGAGACAUGUCAGACAAAGUCUGGCAAUGCUUCCCUACAGCAACAGGACAUGCAAGAAGAUCCCACUUCAAGUGAGCCAGAUGAGGAGUCAGGUUUGGACGCCAAAAGGCUUAAGCUGGAAGGAGACACUCAAGGAGAGGAAGAGCACAAGACUCAAGCAUGGAGACCUCGAGAAGAUCUCCUAGAAACUAAAGACCAGAGACAAAUGGGAAGAACCACCCAGGUUAAGAAAGAGGGAGAAAAAAUGGAGAAUUUGGUUCAGAGGAGAGCAAACCUGUUAACAACACUGAGGGAGACAAAGAUGGCAGCUGAGCAGCUGAGCUUGCAGGAGCCCACUCUGCCUGCUCUACAACACAGGACACGUACCUUGACAGAGUUGGAAAGUCGCCUCGCUGACCUCCUCUCUGAAGUGCAAUACGUACAAGGUGCAUCAUCACGGUGGGAAAUCCCACAGGAGAGUCAGAACAGAGAGGUGGAGGAUCUCUGGGAGGAGGCAACAAAAGCUGUAACUCAAAAACUGGAGCAGUGUGGUGUCCUAACAGAGCUGCUGAAGAGGUUUCAGAGCAUUCGUGGUAAGCUGAGCGCAACACUGCAGAGAGCAGAAAGCACUGUCAGUGAAAAAACCUCCUACAUGGGGAAAGAAAAACUGCAGAGACUACACACUAAGGUCCAGGAAACAAAAGCAGAGCUGAACAGCCUUGGAGAUGGUAUAGAGGAGGUCCGCAGUGUCUGCAGACAGCUUCACACUCACCUACGGCAGAUACCAGAAUGCACAUGCAUCCCAUUUGAGAGCGAAGCUGAUGCUCUCAUGGAUCACUGGCUGGAUUUAUCAGAAAGAACAGAGUCCUGCCUUGAAAACCUACAUCUAGCCUUGACUCUGUGGGACGGGGUCCUUCAGCAGGGGACAGAAGUGGAGCGCUGGACCAGCGAUAAAGUAGCAGUGUUUGCUCAGUGCCCGUCCUUUCAGUCUGAGGAUGACAUCAAGGCACUACAGAAUGAGAUUGUGCUUCAAGAGGAAAGUAUACAGCAUUUCCACCGUAGAGCCACUGAGAUUCAGACACUGCUUCAGUGCGCAGAGUCCCCUCCGGAGCUUCAGGUGGUAGGAACCCAGAUGAGGAAGAAGAUAGAGCAGUUGAAGGAGCUCGUUUCUGAAGCUGAGGAUGUUUACAAGCAGAUGGUGAUUACUAAAGGGCAAAUCACUGGGAGGAUGGAAGAGUGUUUCAACUCCCUGCAGAAGAUUCAAAACUCCCUCCUUACUCUUCGUGGUCCUGAUGUUGCAGACGUGCUUGCAAAACUUAAGGAGUUGUGUCAGCAGCUCCAGUCCCAGGAUGAGCAGGCAGAGAGCCUGUUGGAAGACGUGCAUGUCUUGGCCUCUAUUACAUGUCCAGAUAGCUUACAGAGUCUAUCCGUGGAAGGGAUCCAGCUACAGGAAAAAGUCAGAAACACCCAUCAGCUCUUCUCUGAAGUAGAAGAACAGACUGAGAGGAAUAUUCGUGAUCUGGACAGGCUGCAAAUAGAGAGGGACCAUCUGGAGCAGUGGCUUCAUGCUGCUGAGGAAAAAACAGCAAAGGAAGAGGAUCUAAGUCUUCUGGAAGAAGAAGCGCUUCAACAAAGGGUGAGGACAGAGCUCCUCAGUCAGCUUGUGUCAUCUUUACAAAGCAGCAACCUUCAGCAGCUGGCGGUGGUGGAGGACAGUAAAAAGCUGUUGGAACGAUACAACAACUCAUACAUUAAAAUACAAGGUGACUCUAAGGAGACGCAUUCCUCUCUGAGGGAGGAAAUCGGGGUGUUUCAGGCUUUAUUCAAGUCCACACAAUCAUGGAUCAGUGAUCUGAGACAAGCUGUAGACUCUCCACUUGCUGAAAGCCCCCGGAUUCAGACUCCGUUAGAGCAAAAACUUCACUGUGCUCAAGCAGUGUUGAGUGGCGAGUCAGAGGGGGAGGCUCGCCUGGAAGAGCUCAGAGUUACCGGAGAUGGUCUGUGCCACAGGGUGUUGAAUGAAGAUGACCUGAAGAGGGAAGUUCAGGACACUGUUCAGAGAGCAGAGGAGCAGUGGCGGGAGACUUUGCAGUCAGUUGAACCGUAUUACAGCGCUCUAAAGGCUGAUCCAGAGGUCACUUGUUUUUACCUGGACCAAAGGAGGGAGGUUUGCCACAAAGUGGAAGCGCUGCAGCGCCAAAAAGAUCAGCUUCCCACUUUAUUUCCCUGUCCUGGCACAGCUGAGCGUAAACGAGGAUGCUUUCUUGCCCUUCAGCUCCAGGAGGAAACUGAAUCCUUGCAGUUAACGCUUAGCAGCCUGUCUAAGAGGAGAAAUGAGCUGAUUGAGCAAACCAGAGACAGCAUCUGGAAAGAUUCUUCCUGGGAUGAGCUUUACACCCACUGGUCAGCACUGAUGGCAGAACUAAAGGGAGUGUGUUCCCACCUUGAGGAAGAUGCGAGUAACGAGGAACAAUUUGGCCACUUGCUGCAGCACUGUUGCCACAAAUUGAUGUCCCUACAGGAAAGGAUGUCAGCCUGUCAAGCCCAGAAAGAAAACUCAGCAGGAACAAACACUUAUAUAGCAGCUCUGGAGGUUUUGCUACAAGAAGUAACAGGCACUGAAAAAGAUCUUUUUCAGCUUGUAACUCUCAAGGACUCCAUUACAGUCAGUUUAACAGCUGAGGCCCGAAUAAGUCUGACCCAACAAGUCAGCAACCUUCAAAACCACAAGAGGGCACUAGAGAGUAAAAUCGGAGAGACUCUGGCACAGCUUAAAGUGAACAGUGAUGAAAGCAUUCAGCGAGUUAAAAAAGAAGCCUUGUAUGUGCACACAGCUCUUAAAGACCUGGCUGAAGGUGUCGAGAAUCUUUCCGAUACCCAUGAAGCUUUGCCUGAUAUCAGCCAGCUGAAACAACAGUGGUGUAUGAUACAGAGCUGUGAUAGCAGGCUGACAGAGCUGGCAGCAAGAGCUGAAGACCUGCAGAGGACCAGCGAGUCGACCAGCACACAGGAAGCCCUUCCUGCAGAUAUCAUUUUGACCGUCAGUGCCAUUUCUGAAGACCUUGGCAGCCUCAGGUCUGUUUUUUUGCAAAAGAAGCAGGAUUUUGCAGAAAACACUGCAAACAGAGUGAGAGAGCUCACCAACCAGAUGCAAGAGUGGAGCCAAAGUGUACAAGCUGAACCAUCAACGCAUAGCCAGGGAGCUCUGGAUGAAGGUUUGCAGCUUCAACGAGCACUUUAUAACGUACUCUCAGAGCAAGGUUUUCUUCUUAAUUUCCUGGGAACAAAUGUGGCACAGGAAUUGGAGAAAAAUGCUUCAGGUGCACUCACUGAAAGCCAAUCUGCACUUGAAACCCAAUCUAAACACCUGGUCAUUCGUGUUCAUGGCGAUGUGCAACUGGAAAACAAAGAUUUGCCAAGCAGAAGUGAACAAGACAGUCUAAGAAAUGAAAGUGGAGCACCUCAUUCGGCAUCAAGUGAUAAAACUACAGCAGUGGGUCUUACUGCUUCACCUUUCUCUUGUGCACCACACAGCCAGGAAAACUCUGAAACUAAUCAGAAUGACAACAAAAUUCAAACCAAAGGCACCAAACUUCAUACAGAAGCAUCAGGAGGUUCAAAUGUGGAAGCUGAUGCCACAAAACAAGAACAAGCAGGCAUGGUAAAAACCGAAGAUGAUGCCUUAGCUACAUGUUCAGAAACUCCCAAUGUUUUAAAGACUCAGCUAGAAUCUCGCCAUUUAACACCACAAGAAUUACACUUGAAGUCUUAUCUUGGGUCAAAAGAUAAUAGCGCACUCAGGGCACUUUCUGGAAAUGACACAGGGCCAUUAGUGCCAGACUCACAUCCUACGCUCAACGAAAGCUUAAUAGCUCAGGAAGAAAAAACACCAUUGCAGAGUGACACCACCUUCACCUCUGUCUCAGAAUUCUCAGCUGUAGGUACAGACAACAUUAAAGCAAUCGAUUCAGCACGCUGUGUCACAUCCUUGAUAGAAUUACCACCAACAAAGCCAGACAACCUCCCCAUUACUGCCUCUGAACAUACUGUGUCUAAUCAUCUAGAAGCACAAUUAGAGACAUUCAAGGCAAAUACAAAUGCUCAGUGGAAACACCGUAAGGACGCUGGUAUCGCCACAAAGAAAGUGUUCACUGUUGUAUUGGACAUGGACCGACAGGACGUGCAGCAAAGGGAAAAUUCUGGUUUAUGCUCCCAAGAAGCCGGGUUCUCGGAUGAAAAAAGCACAGAAUACUCAGGGACAGGAUUCCCAGAGAUGAAAACUGAAGUCUUUAUGACAUCAAACAGUCAGGAAUCAGACAAAGCGUUGCAACAGUGCACAUUUGAAGCACAAUCAGAGACUUGUAAGGCAGUCGCCGAUGUGCAAGAAAAGGAGAAUUUCUCUAAAUGUGUCAAAAGUAGCCCGGCAAAGGUAUUUACCAUAGUGUUAGACAUUGAGCCGCAGCCAUUCGACAUGCAGAAACGUGAAAAAGCCAACAGCCCUGAUUUACUCGGAUAUUCACAGGAAACACAGUUUUCUAAUGCUAGGCCUGCAGAGGUUUCCAGCAGAGCAUUUCCUCAGAAUAAGUCAGGGCUCUUUACCACAUCAAUUAGUGCUGGAUCAGAUGCGAUUGCCUUCCCAAACUCUUGUGCAAGUCCUGAAUCAAACCCCUCGGUGUUAGUGAAUAGAGUUUUUGAAGAAGCAAACUGUUCAAGUGCCAAAUUACCACGCAGAGAAAACCACAAAACCCAUGGUUUAAAGCUUAACGAGGUGUCGAAAUCCUCUAAAUCAUGUUGCCCUGUUGCUGAAUGUCAGCACGCUGGUGCACAGGCAGCAGAAACAACAUUUCCAGAUGUCAAAUCAGAGGAGACAACAGAUUUCUGUGACUCUGGGGAGCAAACAGAGAGCACAGUGGAUGAUUCUGUGGAAAGUGGGGAGGCCUUAAAUGGCACACAUAUAUCUGCUUCUGGCAAGAAACAAGUGACUCCUGAUAACACUGUAUGUAACACAGAAGCAGCAUGUGAGGAGGUGCCAAAAGGAGAAAACACAAAGGAAGCAAAUGAAUUUGAAAGCACAGAAUGCAAAGGUUCAGAAUUGCCAGUAAAACGAGGCAUUGCUUCGCUGCCAAAAGACAAAAAUGAGGGGAAGUUGCCUGCAGCAGUAGAGGACAUGGGAGUAACACAGGAACAGCGUCAGAUCCCAGAGAGCAUGGAGCCUGAGAGGACGGCCCCGGGUUCACCAGCUGAUCUGGGUUCUACAGAGACACCAGGUGGACCGGCAAACUCCGGCAAAGAAAAGCACACCAUGCGGGAUAUUUUUUCUGAUAUCCAGAAUGUGGUGGAAAGAAGUAACAUAAUAAAUAGAACACCACAUAUAGAUUUAAAUUGGUAUCUGAAGUCUUCUCCUGGUGAACAACAGAUUCAGUUGGUACGAACUGUUCAAAAGAUUCUCGCAUGUCGAUAUCAACCAGCCCAACUCAGUGUCAUAGCUAUGGCCAAACAGCUGGAGGAAGCAAAGGAGUACCAGCACACUGUGCAGGAACAAGUUGCUACUUUAGAAAACUCAAGUACCUCUAAGGCUUGUGAACCAAGUGCCUUAAACAGUGCUGCAGGCCAAUGGAGCGCAGCACUGCUUGAUGCUUCUGCCACAGUGCAGGUCAAAGCAGCACAACUGGAGCAGGUCAAACAGUACCACAAACAGAUGAAGCUCACCAGAGCUUUUCUGGAGGUUAUAGCCGCCGAGAAGGAAAAAACAAGCUUACACUCUUUGGGAAGCAGUGCACUACAGGCUGAAAAGCUCCAGGUGCUCCUGCAAACAAUGGAACAAAAGAAAGCUAUGAUGGAAGGUUUGCUACGCUUAAGUAGCCAGUUGUCAGUGCACUUGAGUGACGCUGAAAGUUCAGGUGCUCUUCUUGGUCAGCUUGGAAAUGUUCAGGAAGAAUGGCGGCUUCUAAAAGGAAGUAUCAAAAGAGCUCUGAGGCAUGCCUCCAACUCCACCUGUCAGUCCUCUCUUCUUUUGAAAGAAGCCGAACAGCUAAAAGCCAAACUUGAAGAUCUCCAGAAAUCCGACUGUCAAAACCUUGACAGCAAAAGUGACAAACAAGUGGAAUUUGUUUGUCUGACCACAGACCUAAAACUGUAUAACCAGCUUUACCUACAUUUACAGUCCCAGUCAGAUGCUCUCAACAAUUUUUCUCUAGGUCAGAAGGAGAAAGAUGAAAUCGAGCAUAGUCUUCAGGAAUUGGCUUCCUUGCUCGGUGUCACCAAAAAGAAACUUGAUUCUUUCACACUUAGCUGUGGUGACAGUUCUCAAACUAAGAUCAACAAACAGCUACGAGACUUGAUUGUAUGGGCUAAGCAGGCAGAAAAUCAUAUCUCUAUUGGGAAAAAGUUAGCUCUUUUCCCAGAGGAGGCUGGUAUUCAGAUUGUCGAAAUGAGGAAAUUUCAGACUGAUAUUUUGUCUAGACAGUCCAAGUUGAGAGUACAAGUUGACGAGAUGAAAGAGUUAGCCUCUAAUAUGGAAAAUGAAGAAAGUGACCAAGUGUUGAGGACAGUAGAAGACCUUUAUGAAGCUAUUGCUGACAGUUUGGAUCUUGUUCUUGACACCAUGGGAAAAGAUCUUAAACAGAGAGAGAAACUGUUAUGCGAGCUUGCUAGCAUGGAUGCCUGGUUAGCAGAAACACAUGCUAAAAGAAACCUCUGCACUCAUGUUGAGAAUAUUUCAAAAGCGGACCUCAAAAAGCUAGAGAACGACCUGAAAAGUCAUGAAUUAGCCACAGUGGAUAUAGAGAGCCAGCUAGAACUGGUGGAAGUGAUGUCAGAAAGUUGCAGGAAAAUAGCCAUAGGGUUGAGUCCAGCAGAGAGCCGCUAUCUUGUCAACAGACUUUCAGGCCUUUGGACAGAAUUAGAUGGAUUGCUAGCUCAUGAGAAAGCCACCAGCUGGGAAUUAAAGGAGCUGAUUCAUGAGCGCACUACUUCAGAUGAAGAGUUAUCUUCCAUUCAGGCUAGUUUAAAGCAAAUUUCUGCUGAUCUAGAGCAGCUGAAGAUUCCUUUGACCCAAGAAACCCUUUCAGUGAUUGCGCAAUGGAAACACAUACUAAUGGAGCAUCAAUGUCAAAUCCAGGAGCUUCAGCAUUGCCUGGAGGGCAAGCGAAGCUCCUUUCUGUGUUUUAUUGGGGAACUGGAAGACCGGUUCAAAGCUCUUAGCAUAAAUGCCUUUGAACAAGAAAAAUAUCUGCACCUAAAGACACAAAUGGAGGAAUCUAAAGAUAUUGUCAAAGAGCAAAUCCAGAAUGCCAAAAACAAAGCACUCGGUGUGGAUGAGAGGUUUAGACUAUGCCAAACAGUCCUCGUUGAGAUUCCUUUAGUCAAAACACAAAGUCAAGAAGCAGCGGAUCAAUUGGAGGUUAUAGCUCAGGAGUUGCACCCAUCUGUUCUUCAUUCAGAGAGGGAAAUGAUUCAUGAUAUAGUUGAUACUUUGGAGUCUUGGGAGACUCUUGUCACAGAUGAUAUCAAAAACCUAGAAGCUCAGCUCCUGCUAGGUUUACAGUUUGACUCAGAGCUUCCUGCUUAUAUAGAGCUCUUAGAAAGCACAAGAGUUGAGCUGGAAGGAGCCGAACCAGUCAGUCCAGAAGAAACAGCCAUAGAUAUUGCACUACAACGAUACUGGGUCAUUUGGCGAAAUAUGGAGUCUGGGAUGCGAGUUUUGGAAAAUCUGGGACAGAAAGAAAAAACUGACCUGAGGAACUACAAGGAACUAUAUUCACUUCGAGAUUCAGUCAUGCAAGAAUGUCACUCGCAGAUGGUCAUGCUAUCACAAGCUAGAGAAUCCUUGAAAGAUUAUCACUGGGCUGCUCAAGGAGCAAUAGGCUUCCUACACAAUGCUGAGGCAACAUUCUUGUCAGCUCCUGGAGGGUUUUUGGAUUGUGCUGAGGAGCAAAGACAGACCCAAGAGGCUUUAGAAGCUGUUGAAAAAGGGUUUCACUCUCAUAUUUGCCACCUUGUUGAACGGGUACCUCAUGAACCCUGCCUUUCCUUCCCAAAGACUGAGCAGCUCCACAUCAACAUCCUCAGCCAGCUAAUGGUUGGAAGAGCCAUACUGGAGGCCCAGGCGCAGCUCAGGCUUGAGUCUUUGCAAAGGUGUGAACUGAGACAACAAAGUCACAAAAAGUGCCACGAAGACAUUUGUCAACAUCUUUCACGGUUUGAGGAAAAGCUUUCAGAAUGUGCUACAGAACAUGUGACAUCAUAUGAUAAAUGUGUUGCCCAACAAAGAAGAGCUCAGCUUCUGAUGGAAGAUCUUCACGGUCUUGCUGGGAGGAUAGACGACCUGAGAGCUGUUUGUCCAAUGCAGGGUUGUGGGGUUGGAAAGGAUAGUGAGGUUGGUGCCCUCUGGAGGCACUGGUUAUCAUUACGUCGUGAUGUUGGCCUCCUGAUGGCACGCACAGAACAGAGAGGAGAGGAGUGGAAAGACAUUACUACAAGCAUGGAGCAGUGCUGCAGCUUUUUAGCCAGACUUCAGGCAGAGGUUCGAGACCCCACCACUGUGAACUUCACUCGAGAGGAUCCACAGGAGCUUCUCGCCCUGGCUGAGAUCCAUCAGACAGGUUUGGAGCAGGAGCAGCAGGACCUGGCCUCCCUGGAGCAUCGACUGGAGCACGCCCUGAGCUUAUCAAGUUCCCUGGAUUCCAUCACCCCAGGGCCUAUUGGCAAAACGCUGGUGAAGAUCCAAGAUAAUGUCAGGAGCUUAAAAGAACGAAACCUGCUGGUUGUAGCUGCAGCCCAGGCUGAGGAGAGAGAAAGACGACAAGUUCAAGGAGAGAUGGGAGAGAUUCAGAAACACGUGUUUCUCAUUCUUCCGGCACUGGAAACAUGUUUGAAUCCAAGCGAAAGACAGGAGCUCAGAAAGGAGUUGUUCUCCCAGAAGACCAAGCUUAAGUGCAUCACGGACAGUGUGCAGAGCCAAUACACAGAGGUUCCUGUGGAUAUAGGCAAGCAAAUACAGGAUCUCCAGAUGUCUCUGCAGAGAGCAGAAGAGAAGCUCAUAGAGAACAGCCUCGUUAAGAAACUGGCUAGCAGAGUGCUGGAGUUGGGUUCUGGCAUGGAGAAGGUGAAAGCAUUACUGGAGCAGAGAAGUCCAACAGUCAGUGAAGCUCAGAAUGUCCUGAAGCAUCUGUGGGAUGAGCUGGAUGCCUGGCACAGCAGCUUGAUGCUCCUGGAGAGCGAGGUGCAGGAUCUUGCAGAAGAGCAGCCGGAUCAAGCCCAGCUUCUUAUUGACCAGCUCACACAACCCCAGCAGCUCUACCAAGAUGCAGCACAGAUGGUUGAGCAGCGUACAACCUUUCUCAGCAAGAUCCCAAAGUGUCUUCAGGAGUUAGAAGAUAUUCUGCACAGCGCCACCCGCUGGUUAGGUGAGGCCCAGUCAUGGCUCAGUGCUCCCUGCUCAUUCACAACAGCAAAAAGCCUCCAGAACCAUGCAAAGUCCCUGCAGCUGGUCCUGGAUGACUCUGAGAUGAUCAGGGGGAACCUGCAGGAUUUCAGGUUGGUGCUGGCUGAAAUCUCUGCGGUGUGUGACAUCAGUGCUCAGGAGGAGAGGCUGGAGCAAAACGACCAACAAGUCCUCAAAAUGCAAGGCAGCAUCCUCGGGCCACUGGAGCAGCUCCUGCAGGCUGUUGUAGUGGUGGAGGACAUGGAAGCUGAACUUAAGACUGUGGAGAAAAAUGUGCUGAAAAUCAGAACGAUUUUAUCCUCCAUGGACGACUCCAAUAUAUCCCUGACAGAACAUCUGCACAACAGACAGGUGAUCCAAGCUAAUUUGUGCUCAAUGCGGAGGAUGUUAGAAGAUCUAGAAAAAUGCAAAGGAGAGCUUCACAUCCCACAAAGAGCAGAAGAAAGCCUUCAAGUCUACUCCAAAGCCAGGCUGCUCCUGCAGUCACUCGAGGAGCUGGAACAUCUCACCGAGCAACAAGCCUCUCUGCUUGAGAACAAGAUAAGAGAAGAGGAAGAAACAAGUGCGAUCCUUGCAAUCACAACAGGCUCUCAUACUCCUGAACAGAUGCAACAGCUGGACACACAUCUAGUCCAGCAGGGGGCUUUUGAGGUGUCUAACUCAGAGGAAGAGGAGGAUGAGGAUGACGAGAGUUGUCACUCGUCAUCCUCUGACACACUAACAAGCAGUAUUCCAGAGGACCCUGAGGACACGCUCAAGCUUUCAGAAGUGCAAAGGGAGGAUAUGGCAGAACAUAAGCCACCAUCACAUAUGAAGGACCUGCUUCAUCAGUCUUCUUCUGAAUGUGCAGAAAAGCCUGAGUUAGAUAUCAACUUUGAAGCCAAACAAGCUGAGGCUGGAAUAAUAACACCUGAGGCUAAAGCUGAUUUUGAUGAAGCACUUAGUCCUGAAUCUGUGACCGCUCAGUCACUAAAUACUGCAGCCGUCCCUGCAGCAGAAGGCCAGCUUAAAGCUGCUGCUGUGGACCAGCGUGAUUUACCGAAACACGAAGCCUUUGAUGCUGACCCUCGCACAAACACCCCUCAGGCAGCAGCUGGAGCGGAAGAUACAAGGCUGAUUCCUUCAAGACCGAUAACUCCAUUUGCUGCUGGAAGAGCAUCAGAUGAGCUGAUAGAGGAGGAGAAUCUGUCGCUGUCCACAGCUCCCAAUUCAGAUCUGGAUGUUUUUGAUAGACUGAGGGAGCAAACUGAAGUCAGCGCCAGAUGUUUGUUGGGAGGAUCCCAGCAACCCCAGCAGUUUUCUGUUGAGCCAAUCAGUUUGCCUGGACAUGAAAAUGUUAACCCCAAGCGCCAAAGGUGGAGUCACCUUCAUUCCCAGAUUUCUGAAAAAAUAACCACUUUAAAAAAAGUUAAGGAGGACCAUCAGAGCCAGAACAGAGAAGAUGCAGAGAACAGACAAAAGGUUCCAGAUGAGGCGUCGAGGUCAAUUGGAUCUACUUGUGCAGCUCUUCAGCACACACAGGAGGCCAUCACUAUGCUAAGAAAAAUAGUGAGCUCCACCGAUGGUUCGCAUCCAGGUGUGAAGGAGGAGUUUUACGAGGCUAUACGGCAGGUCCUCCUCUGCCUCGACUCUUUGACUGACCUUCUGUUGACUUGUGGUGGCACGGGUGAAGAUGAACCUCAGCUGAGGCUGCUGCAGCACGAGUGUAUAUCAGCUGAGCUGGGGACCCUCUCUGAACUGAUGAGUAAAGUAGCGUCAGAGACCAGGCCUCAAAUUUCAAAGGAAGAACCAGAUGCUUACAGCUGUUUGACCUGCCUUCAGGAUUGUCUUCAUACGGCCCAGCUGGUCUUGACCUCCUCCCACAAUCAGCUUAUUGAAGAUCCAGGCCUUAAGGACCCUUGCAAGAAAAUCUCCACCAAUCAGCUGUGUCUUCUGGACCAGUUUGAACUUGGACAGAGUCAAGUCUUUCCAAAUCUAAAGGAUGGUCCCAGUUUGGAGUGUGUGCUGGGCAGACAUCUGAGGGAAAGUCCAGGGGAAAAGGCCAAGAUGCAACACAGUUCUAGGUCCUUGCUUCAGGGGAUAACUCGGCUCCUGGAACUGGGUGAAGAAUGCAUAAGAGAGAGAAAGAUGAGCCAGGUUCACAGCUGCAGCAAACUUCAAGCUGUUCUCUGCAGACACAAGAAUCUCCUGCAGGUCCUCAGGUCCCAGAUGGCUUUUGUUCAGUAUCUAUCCCAACAUGAGCCAGAAGCACUCAAGUGUCAAGAGGAUGAACGGGUACACCUGGAAGCCAGGGCCAAAUCACUGCAGCAACAGGCUCUGGAACAGGAAGUGGCUUCUCAAAGGAGACUUCAGGAGUGGACCCGUUGGGAGGAUAAUUGUGGUCGAUUGGGGAGAGUGCUGGAUGAGUCUGAAGCCUUCAUCAGCAGAUGGGAGCCAGAGGGAGAUGAUGAUGAGGAGGAGUUAGUGCAGCACAGACUAGAUGCCUGCCAGCAAACAUUGGUCCAGCUGGAUGACAACAAAGCCACUUUAGGAGUGAUUCUGGAUCAGGGUAAGGUGCUGCAGGCAGAGGCCCUGCUUGCUGCCUCAACCCAUCAGGCAGGCGGCGCUCUGGAGCUGCGAUGGAGGAGUGCCUACAGGCGAACAGAGAAAGAGAUUCAGCGCUGCAGAGACAUCCAGGACACCCAAAUCAGAUUCCACACCAACUUUGACUUGGUCAGGGAAUGGCUGGCUGGUGCCAACAAACACCUGAAGACUUUGUCAGGUCUGGUAGAUCUCUCUGACCUGAGUCAGGAGUGUGUUCAAAGCAAUCUCAUCAAGCUGCUGGACUUCUCCAUGGAGGUGGAACGUAUGUCUGUACUGAAGAUGUCGGCAUCCAAGGAUGCUGCUCAGCUCCUCCAGCUGAGGGAGGCUGACUGCCCUGGACUGAGAACUCAGCUUAGCCAACUGGAGAACAGCUGGAACCAGCUGACCUCUGACAUGUCAAAGACCCAAGACCAGCUGCAACAGUGUCUCCUGGCAGCACAGCCAUCGAUGGAGCUGCUCUCUGAUCUGGAGGACUGGCUCAAACAGAUGAAGAGCUGCAUGAACCAGGAGAAAGAAAAAGUCCUCAAAGCCAGCAGUGCAGCUCAGGUCACUGAAAUCCUGCAGAAUUUCCAGGCAUUCAAAGCUGCUGUGAGCAAUGGGCAACUCCUCCUUCAUUUCCUGUGUCAGCCCAGGCCUCAGAUGGCAGACAUCCAGGCAGUCCGCUCUGAACGUACAACGUUCGCAGAGGAACUCGGCGCUUCCAGGCUGCAGUGGCUGCACUUUCAGAGAGAGCUGGAGAGUCAGAUUUGUGGCGCUGAGCAGAUCCAUCGCACUUGUGCAGAAAGGGAGAGGCGUUUGCAGUGUCUCCACGGCUGGAUAGAGCAGCAGAAGAAGCAGCUGAAUCAGUGGAAACAGCCCACCAGCCAAACUCUGGCUCAUAAGGCUCUGCUGGAGUGGGAGGCUCUUGAGGGUAGAGUGAAGGAGGUGGCUGCAGCUCUACAAGAGUUAAAAACCACACAAGUGUACGAUAAAAGGGAACAGGAGCGCCCAUGUGAUGCUGCCUUUUCUAAUGAGGCAGAGGGCGUCAGUCAUGCUUGCAGGGAUCUUAGUCAACAGAUGAAAGCUCUGAGACCUGCGCUUCAGCAGGUUGUGGAAAAGUGGAGCUGUUUCCACAGAGAUCUGAGGGAUGUGACUCUGCACACCACCAGGGUGCGCUGUGCCUUUCAGCAUCAACAAGCUCCUCUCUUCUCGCUGAAGCAGGCAGAGGGAUACGUGGACUUCCUCCAGCAACUCCAGGAGGAGGCUGGAAAAGGAGAAGCACUUUGGGCAGCUGUGGACAAAUCCUGUCAGAGUCUUGUAGGGUCUCUCCAUCAUGGAGCGGCACAGGCACUACGUGAUGAAGUGGAAGGAGAACGAAAACGGUGGCAGAACACGGUGCAGGAGAUAAAGGAUGAAAACAUAAAGACAGAAGAGACGCUUUUAGUCUGGCAGGAAUACACUCGUCUCUCUUGUAGCUGCUCUGCUCAGCAGAAACACCUGCAGCACGAGUGGGAGGAGCUAUCAAGGUCAUCACUUUCAGCUGGACACAACACUCAACCCAUAGUUUGCUCAUUAAAGAUGUUGCAGGGUGCUGCUGAAGAGCUGCAAAGCAUCAUGGGAGUUGUCUUGGCAUCAUCUAAGAGUCUUAUUGGCCGGCUAGAACCACUACCUGCAAAUUUAAUAGAAUCAGAAACCAGACUGCUAUCGCGUGGCAUCCUGUUGCUGAACGAGGCAAUCGCAGGGAAAAAGAGGAGUGUUGAGGAGGAUUUAGAACAACGUAAACUAUUUCAAGCCCAACUGGAGGUGCUUGAGAAGCAGAUGCAGGACUUUCAGCAGAAACUAAAGGCCGGCACAGAUAACACGGACUCUCAGGUACUCCAGGAGCUCUGUGGUCUGUUUCCAUCAUUGCUGGACAUCAGAGACAUGAGUGGCCACGUGAACCUUAACAGACUGGAGUCAGAGAGACUGCACAUACUUAUCAGGGAGUGGGUCGAAGUCAUGACUCGUUCAUCAGACAGAGAACUGCAGGAUGACUGCCAGCGUUCCCUGAGCUUUCAGGAAAAGAGUGGAAGACUGACACAGAUCAAGGAGAAACUGGAGCAGGGAUCAGUGUGCAGAAAAAAUCUGAGUUAUCCAAGCCUUCAAGAGAUGCUGAUUGUCCAUCAGAGACUUCAGGCUGACAUAAUUGUUGGACAUCAGCUUCUGCAGCAUCUUCUCUGUGAUGCAAUCAAAUCCAUGGAAAAAGAAACAGGAGAGAAAAGAUCUGAGCUCAUGGCACAAGUGGUCAAUUUGAAGAAUGGCUGGUUCAGCUCUGUGGCUCUGGCUGGUCAAAGCCGGACCUUAACAAAGGAACAGCUGCACCAAUGGAGAAUCUACAAGGACGGUUUGAAACAUCUGUGGAAGUUGUUGAGGGACGUUGACUCUUUGCUGCCCCCAACUGGACACUUUCUCUGUGCAGUGGAUCAGCUGCAGAACUGUGUGGAUGAUUACCAGUGUAUCACAGAGUCUCUGGAUCAGCACUCCGCUGUGUACACCCAGACACUGAAGGCUGGAAAACAUCUGUGUGAAACAAUGAAGGACUCAGAGUGUCACAGUCGACUGCAGUCAGAGCUUCAGGCCAUAGAAGAAGCCUGGAAACGAACCACAUCACUACUGAGAGAAAGAAGAGACAUGCUUUACACCACUGUUAAGAUGUGGUCUCAGUGUCAGGAAGGAAUCAGCAACAUCGUGUCUGAAAUGCACACGUUAAAGAUGAAACAACAGACGUGUGAAAGACCGGAGGACUCCGCUCUUAUCCAGGAGACUGAGCUCUCUCUGCAGCGUUUGGCCAUCGGAUUGAAGGAACUGGCCAACAUGAAGACGGACCUGUCCCAGUAUGUCACGGCCAGUGACUCGGCUCUGCUGGAGAAGCAGCUGGAGCAACUCCACAGUCAGUGGGAAGAGCUGUGUAUGAAGGUGUCAUCGCGCAAGCAGGAAAUCGCAGAUCGUCUCAAUGCAUGGACCAUCUUCAAUGACAAAAACAAGGAGUUCUGUGAUUGGCUGACUCAGAUGGAGAACAAAGUGUGCCACCGGGGAGAGCUGAGCAUCAAGGAAAUGGUGGAGAAACUAAAGAAGGACUGUAUGGAGGAAAUUAACUUGUUUAGUGAGAAUAAAAGCCACCUGAAACAGCUGGGAGAGCAGCUGCUCUUAGCCAGCGACGAGGCCAAGCAGGCACAGGUCCACGAGUCGCUGCAGGAAGUCAACCAGCGCUGGCACAACCUCUUCCACCAAAUCGAAGCAAGGGUGAAGAAGCUGAAGGAAACUCUGGUGACGAUGCAGCAGUUGGAUAAAAACAUGAGUAACCUCCGCUCAUGGCUUUCUCGCAUCGAGGCCGAGCUGUCGAGACCCAUCACCUACAGCGUCUGUCACGAACAGGAGAUCCAAAGGAGGCUGGCAGAGCAGCAGGAGCUGCAGAGGGACAUUGAGAAGCACACGGAGGGCGUAGCAUCCGUGCUCAGUCUGUGCGAUGUGUUGCUGCGGGAUGAAGAUGCUACCGGUGGCACUGAGGCGGAGAGCGACUCCCUGCAGGAGACCAGCCGCAGCCUGGACCAGCGCUGGAGGACCAUCUGUGCUAUGGCUCUGAAUCGAAAGCUCAGGAUUGAGGAGACGUGGACACUCUGGUGUAAGUUUCUCAAUGACUACUCCCGAUUUGAGGAUUGGCUCAAGAUGGCUGAGCGAACUGCUGCCAACCCCAACUCAGCUGAUGUCCUUUUUACUGUCGCCAAGGAGGAGCUCAAGAAGUUUGAGGGUUUCCAAAGGCAGGUUCAUGAGCGACUGACCCAGCUGGAGCUGGUCAACAAUCAGUAUCGCCGGCUGGCCAGGGAAAACCGCACCGACCGAGCCAGCCAGCUCAAAGCAAUGGUCCAUGAAGGCAACCGGCGGUGGGACACACUGCACCGAAGAGUGGCCGCCAUCCUCCGCAGGCUCAAGUAUUUCACCAGUCAGAGGGAGGAAUUUGAAGGGACCAGGGAAAGUUUGCUGUUGUGGCUGACCGACCUCGAUCUGCAGCUCACCAACGUUGAGCACUUUUCAGAGAGCGAUGUCCAUCAGAAGAUUCAGCAGCUCAAUAGUUUCCAGAAGGAGAUCACCCUGAACACUGAGCGCAUUGAUGGACUGAUUGUGUUUGGAGAGAGCCUGAUCCAGAAGAGCUCACCGCAGGAUGCGGCGAAGCUAGAGGAGGAGCUGGAGGAACUGCACUCCUACUGCCAGGAAGUUUUCAGCAGACUGGUCCGCUUCCAUCAGCGCCUCAGCCAACCUCUUAUCACAGAAGAACCAGAGAUCCCCUCUACCACCUUUUCCCUGGAAUCGAGCUUGGAGCUGAUUGGCCGACCGUGGCUUGGGCGUAGCUUUGGAAGCCUUCCAGCCACACCCACUCUCCUGCUGUCCUCGCCCCUGAAGCGUUCAGGGCGGGAGACACCAGAUUCACUGCCUUUGGAGUGGGACCACACCGUAGACGUAGGAGGGUCAUCAUCACAUGAGGAUGAUGAGGAAGAGGAAGAGAACGAGGAAGAGGGAGCUUACUUCAGUGCACUAUCAGAGGUGGAGUUGACUGAGACCCAGGAGGAAUUUAUCGAAGCCUCAGAGGCCCCGCUCGCCUCGUCACUGGCGUCAAGCAGGUCUGUGACUGUGCAAGACUCUCCGAGAUGGCGGGCACUGGAAGACAGAGAAACUGAGUUUGACACAGAGGGACACACUGAGGCCACACCCGCUCUGACCAGCACCCCUCUAAAGCCGGGAUAUCUGAGUCUCAUGUCUGAGUGCAGCAGGAGCAUAGAGAGCAUCAACAGAGUGUCGCUGAUCCUGGAUGACGUGGAGCAGCCGGAGGAGUUCGGUCUCACGGGACUGAGUGCCUCAGACAAACAGUCAGGUGUGAUUGAACGCUGGGAGUUGCUCAAGGCUCGGUCCAGAUGCAGUGAGCAUGACGGCUCUGAGGAGCCUCAGCAGCUCAGGUGUGAUCUCGACAACAUUACUUCCUGGUUAGAAAAUGUGAUCCCGGAGCUGGACCGCCUUCAGGGGUCCGACCCAGCGGCCAGUAUUGAGGAGAUGGAGGCCAGAGCUAAAGAAUUAAAGGAGAUGCAGAAAAUGUUUACUCACUACAAGUCUAUCAUGCUGUCAGUCAACCUGCGGAGUGAGGAAGCUCCAGAAGCACAGGAGAAACUGACGAGUAUGAACAGAGACUGGAGCAGAGCAUGUACUGGCCUCCAGCAGUGGGACACCAGCCUGAGGAAGAAGCUCAUGCAGUGCCAGGACUUUCAUGAAAGCCUCCACUCUCUGCUGCUGUGGCUCGCUCACGCAGAGAGCAGACGCUACGCAGUGGACAUCGGCCACCCAGACACGACUCUCACAGCACUGCAACAGCACAGCAACACACUCACUGCUCUGCAAAAGGAGCUGCAGGACAGGCAGGCUCAUCAGGCGUCCCUUCAGACUCUGUGGUCUCAGCUCCAGCCUGAAGACGGCGCAGAGGAGAGCAACGAGGCACGGGAGAAACUCCACGUGACGGGGAGCAAGCUGAAGCUGCUCCUGAAGCAGGUGGACAGUGACCUCAGCGACCUGCGGCAACGUCUGGACUGUGAGUCUGCAAAUGCUGCCCAGUGUCAAAGUGUUUCUCAGGAGACUGCAAAUUCAAAGAAAGGCUCCUCCACUCAAAGAGAGAAGCGGGAAUCCUCUCCCCCUCGAUCCUUCUUCUACCGGGCCCUGCGUGCUGCCUUCCCUCUUCAGCUCCUGCUGCUGCUCCUCCUUCUCCUGCCCUGCCUGAUUCCAAUGUCGGAAAGUGACUCCAGCUGCACCCUUACCAACAACUUCGCCCGGUCCUUCUACCCCAUGUUGCAUUACACCAACGGCCCACCGCCCACUUGAUUGUAAUAUUCAUGCGAUAAUAGAAACUUUCUAAAGGAAACAGAUGAACGUAUGUCACCAUGCUGUCAUGUUCAGUUUCCCAAAGUCUGAAAACUGUAAAGAUUUGCCAGAAGCUCUUUUGUCUUUCCAUCAAGAAAAAACUCACCAUGCCAACCCCCCCCAGCUUUGUAUCAUUUAGUCUAGUAAUAUAAAGGUUUUAACAUCAUUGAGGAAAUCAAUCACUUUAGCCACUCGGAGACCACCUACACAAACUUUAGGAGUCAUAGAUGAGGUGUUGAUAACCGAUGAUAAUCCUCCAACACGAGGAUUAUCAUCAGAUGAGGGACGAGUCACCAAAUCUAUUUCUAGUGAGGUUCAGUACUUAUCCUAUUAAUCAGAUAAGAACACGUAAAUCACAGCAUUAAAAAAAAGAAAAGGUACGUAUAAUAAAUAAUGAUUCAUUUGACAGAUGACGAAGCCACAGUGGAUUUUCAAACUUGGUCUGAAAAGUGACGCCAGUGCACAAGUGCCUUAAACCUGAGUCCUUUCUAAUGGUGGCAAAAAAAGUCAGGUUGUAUAGAAGUGCACGACUGGUGAUCUCAGUAAACACUUUUCUGAGGAGUUUCAAUUGUUAAUCUUUUUUAAUAGAGCAUGAUGCUCAUUUUGUACAGAAAGGCCCAACUAAAGUACAGAUUAGGGCAGUGUCACUGACAAGUGGUUACCAUGUGACGAUUCAUCAUCCUCCACUUCAAAACGCCAAGAAAAAGUAAGCAAUAGGGUGGCUACAGCCAUCAUUUACAUACAGUUUGAUUUUUCACUGACUAAACUGUUUUUUGGGUUUUUUUUUUUUAAUCUAGCCAGACACUGAACUCUUGUGUUUUUGACAUUUGCAUGUUUAUAUUUCAUUUACUUCAUGAACUCUCCACAUUUCAUUUAAUGUUUUCCUGCCUGCUCGACUGAACUCUGCAGAACAGCGCUGAUUAAAUUUGAAUGUAUUUGAUAAAAAGCCAGCUGAAAGUCUUUUUUUUAAAGAAAAAACACAUUCUUGUAUACUGAGUUUUUCUUUUUAGAUGUGAUUUUGUCUUGACUAGAUUGUGAGUGGACAUUUCCACUCCUCCUCUUGCACUGUUGAAACAAUGUAGAUUCAGCAUGAUGUUUAUGUACAGAAUGCAAUAAUAUAAUGCUUAUUUAUAACUUGAAAAGUUGGAUUUAUAAUCAUUUUUUUGUUCUUGUAGUAAAUGUUGACUGGUUUAAACAGA